GGGCCAUCGGACAAAAGGGCAUCUGAAAAGGUAAAGAGUAGUAGUUCCUGACGUGUCAGAGGCCUCAUUAUUGGUGGGAGAGUAUAAAAGGACCUACAAGGGUGUCUCGGGCAAUAGUGCGCAAACAUCCACAGGCCUACAACCAUGGGAAAGAUCAUUUUCUACGAGGGCCGCAACUACCAGGGCCGCCACUGGGAGUGCAGCAGCGACUGCAUGGACACCUUCAGGCACUUCAACUGCUGCAACUCCAUCCGUGUCAGCGGCGGUCACUGGGUGGCCUAUGAGAAGCCCAACUACAUGGGUUACCAGUACAUCCUGGGCCCUGGCGAGUACCCCGAGUACAACGCCUGGAUGGGCUUCAACAACUGCAUCCGCUCCUGCCAGAUGUUCCCUCCUUAUAGAGGAUCCUACAGGAUGAGGCUGUACAACAGGCCUGACCUGAUGGGACACACCAUGGAGUUCAUGGACGACUGCCCCAACGUGUACGAGCGCUUCCGCUACCGUGACAUCUACUCCGCCAACGUCAUGGAGGGUUACUGGAUCUUCUACGAGCACCCCAACUACAGGGGACGCCAGUAUUUCCUGCGCCCCGGAGAGUACAGGGCCUGUGGUGACUGGGGCUGCCACAACCCCAUGGUGGGCUCCUUCAGGAGGAUGAGGACUCAGAUGUAACGUCUAUCUAUGCGCAACUUAACAUUAAACGUGUAAUUUUCAAAUAAUAA